GUAUAAAACAGUCAGCCCAGCAGGACAUUUUUUGCCAUAAGCCCAGGCAGCAUGGACCUCACUCUUCUGUGGGUACUUCUGCCCCUGGUCACCGUGGCCUGGGGCCAGUACGGUGACUAUGGGUACCCGUACCAGCAGUACCAUGACUACAGCGAUGACGGGUGGGUGAAUCUGAACCGGCAGGGCUUCAGCUUCCAGUGUCCCCACGGGCAGGUGGUGGUGGCCGUGAGGAGUAUCUUCAACAAGAAGGAAGGUUCUGACAGACAAUGGAACUACGCCUGCAUGCCCACGCCCCACACCCUCGGGGAACCCUCGGAGUGCUGGUGGGAGGAGAUCAACCGUGCUGGCAUGGAAUGGUACCAGACGUGCUCCAACAAUGGACUGGUGGCAGGGUUCCAGAGCCGCUACUUCGAGUCAGUGCUGGACCGGGAGUGGCAAUUUUACUGCUGUCGCUACAGCAAGAGGUGCCCAUAUUCCUGCUGGCUGACAACAGAAUAUCCAGGCCACUAUGGUGAGGAAAUGGACAUGGUUUCCUAUAAUUAUGAUUACUAUAUGCGAGGAGCAACAACCACUUUCUCUGCAGUGGAAAGGGAUCGCCAGUGGAAGUUCAUAAUGUGCCGGAUGACUGAUUACAACUGUGAAUUUGCAAGUGUUUAGAUUUGCCGCAUGCCAAAUCUGGGUGGAGAGAUAAGGGCCAGGAGGGCCUGAGGGCGUCCACACAUGUUAGCAUGGGUUGGAAUGCCUGUGGCUGUUUCUGCUGCUCUCUUUCCUUCUCCCUGAGCCAGUAGCUGCAGCACCAGCUUCCUGGCCCUUUCUGACUCGUAUCACACUUAUAAUGAAAUCCACAAGUAAACCAUGCUUCUCACUUUGAACACAUUCCCUAGCAACUGUUUUAUAUGACAGGCAAUGGCUUCUUUGCACGCCGCAGAUAUCUUGUGCCUGCUUACAGCCUGGCUCCUGGGCGCCCCCUGCAGCCUGGCUACUGCUUUGACUGCAAAAUGAGCUGCAAACUCAACACAGGAAGACAGCGGUGGGGCUGGAGAGGAAGGGCAACAAAGGGUCCCCACAGCUAAGUCUGGAUGACAUACAGGGCCUCCACUAAACGCAGGCCUUCUGUCCUGCGAAGGCAGUCUUCCACUCUCCUGCUCCACACGAGCCAUGCGUGCUGAGAAGUCCAAGUGCACAGCUCUCCACUCCGAGAGUGAGGGGCCUGGAGGUGAAAAGGGGAAGAGGGUGGUAAAAGUGGAAGAGGAAUGUUAGCAUGCUCGGUAAUGACAAUGAACGCAGGGGCCAGGAGAACCUGGGAGCGUCAGUCUCAAGGAAGAUGAAAAAAAGGAGGAGAGCAGGUCAGAGAAUGGGACUCAUAUCAUAAAGUUGGAGGUGGAGGGGAUGAGAGUGGCCAGAUUGCUUUGGGAAAUGGAAAUUGAGUCACUGACACCUAGAAGUCAGCCCAGGAGUCCUAGGAAGGCCGACCUGAGCCCUGGAGCCAGGGGCAGCUGCGGGCAAACUCCUCUGUAAUGGUCCUGACUUUCUGGGUGGGAAAGGCUGCCCUGGGGACCCACUUCCCUUCUAUGUGUAGCUAAGAGGUGUCUUCUGCAGAAGUGUCACCUUCUUUCCUCCUCCUGUGGAAUCUCUGUCCCCAGCUCUUUGUACUCAUUUUCACAAAAGUAAUAAAAAUAUUAACAUUCA